AUGUUGGCAUCAGCGAGCGGGCAAGAGGCGGGAGGGUGUGGGAGCAAAGACCUCGUAUCAACCGCAACUGACUCGCAUUUCCCCUCUCUCUCCUCCGCUUCGCAACCGCAGAUCGCCUCCUGGCACACAUCUUCCCACAAGCACGAGCGCCGCCCGGCUGCUCAAGAGGAGCAGCUCAACGAGGAGGUCAAGCGAUUCGAGGAGCUCUUUACCCUCACGCCUGAGCGCCUCAAGCACAUCACCGACCGCUUCGUCACCGUCCUCAAGGAUGGUCUCGAUGCGCCCGGCAAGACGGUGCCCAUGCUUCCUGCCUACGUCUUUGGCUGGCCCACAGGCAAUGAAGAGGGGCGAGUGCAACCGCCCGCCCUAUCUUACCUCGCCCUCGAUCUCGGAGGCACCAACCUCCGCGUCUGCCAUGUCGUCCUCAAAGGCAAGGGCAAGUUCGAGAUCACCCAGACCAAGUUCAGGCUCACCGACGAGCAGAAGCAGAUGGAUGGACAGAAGCUCUUUGACUUCUGCGCUGAAUGCCUUCACACUUUCAUCAAUGACCACUUUGGUGGUGGGGAGGGCGAGGAGCCCAUCCUUGAGGAGGAUAUCGCGCUUGGCUUCACCUUCUCCUACCCGAUGGAGCAGGACGCCAUCGACCACGGCAAGCUCGUCCGCUGGACAAAGGGCUUUGGCAACCCCAAUACCGAGGGCAAGGACUGUGCCGCCAUGUUCCGCAAGUCCCUCGAGUCGCAGAAGGUCCCUAUCAAGAUGACCUCGAUCAUCAACGACACCACCGGUACCUUGAUCGCCUCCAAUUACGUCAAGCAGGACACCAAGAUUGCCUGCAUCUUUGGUACUGGAUGCAAUGCUGCCUACAUGGAGCACAUCAAGAACAUCCCCAAGAUUGGCCACUACAACUUGCCCGGCGACGAGGACAUGGCCAUCAAUUGCGAGUACGGCGCCUUCGACUCCUUCGAGCACAAGCACAUGGCAGAGAUCCGCACAAAGUACGACGAGCACAUCGACCUGCACAGCAACAAGCCACAUGAGCAGUCCUACGAGAAGAUGAUCGCCGGUCUUUAUCUGGGCGAGAUCUUCCGCUUGUGCCUCUGCGACCUCAUCGAUGAGGGCACACUCUUCCUCGGCCAGAACACGUACAAGCUCGAGAAGACCAACGUCUUCGACACUGCCUUCAUGUCCCUCAUCCUCGUCGACCCUACGGACGAACUCCUCACCUGCGCUGGACUCUUCCUCCACUUCUUCGGCCUCGAGACUACGCAAGAGGAGCGCAACUUCUUCAAGAAGCUCGCCUACAUGAUCGGGCUCCGUGCUGCCCGUCUCUCCGCUUGUGGGAUUGCUGCUCUGGUGACCAAGAUGGGCUACCUCGAGGAAGGCUGCGGAGUCGGGGCUGAUGGGUCGCUUUACUCCAAGUUCCCCAAGUUCCCAGAGAACUUGCACAAAGCGCUGGAGGACAUCUUUGGUGAGAAGGGCAAGGGCAUUGUCACGCAUCAGGCUGAGGAUGGUUCUGGUGUUGGAAGCGCCAUCAUUGCGGCUAUGACGUUGAAGAGGAAGGAGGAGGGCAAGUACACGCACUGCUAA